AGGCUUCGGGGAGCUGAGCCCUGGCCUUCCCCAGACGGUUCCCACCAGAGAGGGUAGCAGUGCCCAAGGACCUGGGGCCGAUGGGUGCCCACCUCUGUUCAGCGGCCGGUUGGGGACCGUGUGACCCAAAGCGUCCCUUAGGAGAGGGUGCUGGGUGGGCAGGAGACCCACAUCUUCGGUGCCCAGAUGUUGGAGCCCCUCGGUGGGCACCUGAGACUGGCUGUACCCAGGCCACCCCUCCGUGCAGCUGUGUGACAGGUGCACAGGUUCCAGCUGAGGCGCUGCGCUUCCACGCGGCGGCCCAGGGCGCGCAGGUGCGCGUGGACGCGCACGGCCGCACGGCGCGCAGGGGCGCCUCGUUCCGCGACGGCAUCGUGUUCAGCCAGCGGCCGGUGCAGCCCGGCGAGCGCGUGGCCCUGCGGGUGCUGCGCCAAGAGCCUGGCUGGUGCGGCGGCCUCCGCGUGGGCUUCACGCGCCUGGACCCCGCGCGCGUGCCGGCGCCCGGGCUGCCGCCCUUCGUGUGCCCGGACCUGGAGGCGCAGAGCCCGACGUGGGCCGCCGUGCUGCCUGAGAGCUGCGUGCGCGCCGGCAACGUGGUCUGUUUCUGGGUGAACCGCCGCGGCUGGCUCUUCGCCAAGGUCAACGCCGGGCGCCCUCUGCUGCUGCGCAAGGACGUGCUGCUGGGUUCCCCGCUCUGGGCGGUGAUGGAUGUGUACGGGACCACCAAGGCCAUCGAGCUGCUGGACUCCGGAGCCAGUUCGAGCACCACAGCCACCCUGGGGGUCCCCAGCGAGGAAGCAGAGCUGGAGCCUAAAGCUCCGCCGGGGGAUGAGUGCAUUAUCUGCUUCCACCGCGCCGCUGACACCCGCUUCGUCCCCUGCGGCCACCUGCACUUCUGCAGCGCCUGUGCCUGGCGCGUCUUCGAGGACUCGGCCAAGUGCCCCAUGUGCCGCUGGCAGAUCGAGGGGGUGGCAGCAGUGCAGCCACAGAGGCCCGGAGGAGGGUCCUGAGAAGGCUCCCACAGGGGGCAAGCGGGCCUGGCCCCGAGGACAGAGGACAGAGGAGAUGUGGCCCUGCUGGCUUCCUGCGUGAUCAGAAAGCCGGUGAGCAGCUAGAGUGGGGACAAAGGUGGCUGCUUCCCUGCCUCCCCGCCAGCAGGAGACAUGGUGGCCAGAGGAAGCCUGAUUACCCCC